CGGGAUGUUGCAGUACUGACGGACCUGUGCCAGUCCAUUUCUCCCGCGUAGACACGGCCUCUGAAUCGUGCCCGGGCCGUGCAACAGCGUCAUCUCACUGGUGUAGCCUUGCACAACCAUCGUGGACCGCCGAAUCCUCCCGAGGGAGCUUCGCCGACAGACCAGCGUGCACAUCGUGGUCGCUCGCCUGUGUGGUGGUCGAGGAGUCGCCUCGCAGAACAGACCUGUCUCGCAUCAGUGAGACACAUCGACAAGAGAAGCUCCCGUGCGGCGACCAUGUCAACCUAUAGCGUCGCCAACCUGCCCCGCAUCACGCAUGAGACUCUAACGCCGCUCGUGCGCGAGCAGAAUGCGAGUCUUGCGGUGAUUGAUGUACGAGACAGCGACUACAUCGGUGGGCACAUUCGUGGUUGCAUCAAUGUGCCAACGGCGACACACGAUUACCGAAUGCCGGAGCUCGUGCGAACCCUCAAGGAGAAAGAUACGGUCGUCUUUCACUGUGCUCUGUCCCAGCAACGAGGCCCUUCGAGUGCGUUGAAGUAUUUGCGAGAGCGCGAGCGUUUGCAUGGCAAGGAGGCAGAGCAGAAGCAGAAGGUGUAUGUUCUUGAUGGCGGCUUCCAGAAGUGGCAAGAAGCCCACGGUGAGGACAAGGAGCUGACGGAAGGUUAUGUCAAAGACCUGUGGGAGAACUACUAAGUCGAAGAUGUGCUGGCUUCGUGCACGUCAUGUUAUGUGAUGGGCAUCGAGCAGCACCUGAUUAGGGGAAUGUGAGAGACCCGCGGGCGAUGUCCCUGUAUGCACGCCUGUCGAGGCUCUCGUCCUGAAGUUGCAGUAAGCUGUGUGGUCAGGUUCGAUAGCAAAUUUGAAAUGCAUCUUUCUGAAUUCCUUUACAAAUGUGAUCAUAUGGCUGGCCGUCUGCGUAUCCACGUAGAGUGGACCUCUGCAAGAGCCAUAUGUAGCCAGAGGCGUGGCGAAGCGGUCUUUCGAGCUGACUCCGAGUAAAGACUACGCGCAUCAAGCUCGUAUAUUUUUCUGUCCGGCCUGAACCGUGGAAUGAUGAGUGCCGCGACUUCCACCCCGCUGUCAAGCGAGCCUUGCGCUUGCCGACCUAGGGUGGUGCUAGAGUUGUUGCGCGCGAACGAUCCCCGGAAGAGGCUGCAAUACAGCGCGAGCUGUGUGAUGCGUCGCGACGGACCCGUCGAGCAGGUUGUGUUGAUCUGGCCGGCCGAGUUCGCACGGUCGACUCGCGCAGAAGACGCUUAGCGGCGAGAGCGCGCGGCCUCCCUGGCACACCGUAUGGCUCUACGGUGGGUGCGGUAGGCCGCUGUGGCUGGCGGUGUCGCCGUAUGCACUGGGCUCGCUAGAGGCAAUAUUGUCUGGCAAGCUGCCACUGUAUCCUGGCCCCAGGGGGGAUUUGGCGGCGAUAGAGCGGCAUGUUCACUGCUCCAGGUCCAGUGGCACGAUGCUAGUGGUAUACG